UCAAUUUGUUUUGGUUAGAGGAUCGGAGUGUCUACACGUGGAUUUUCCAUUACCAACUUUUGUGGAUAUUUGUUUAUUUUAUAUAGAAUAAAAAAUAAUUCAAUUAUGAUUGAGGGGAAAGAUUCAGACGCUGUGAGACGUGCGUCGUUGAAGAAACAGAAGGAGGCAUUCAGAGAAAAGGAAUUGCUGAUUAGAAAUGCACUAAAUUCAGUGGACGGAAGUGUAAAUAAGAAAAUUAUCUUUGAUGACAGUGUAGAAGAACACGAGAAUAAUCAUGAGGGGACGAAUGCCAGUCGAUCAAAGAAACGAACGUUAUUUGAUGACGAUGAUGAUGAUGAGAAGGACGAGUUAAGAGAGGAAGAAUUCGAUUUCAGUGAAAAUAAGAAGACUAAGGUGGUGACUCUUGGAAAUGAUCCACGUUUUGCUGUGGAUAAAAGAUUUUUAGGAGAAGAGGAAGAAGACAAUGUGGAACAAGAAGAAAAUGGAGAAGAUGAGAAUGAAAUGACGAGCGAGAAGAAUAAACAGUUAGAAAUUCUGCAAAAUGUUCUGGGCAAGCCUUUGACUAAGAGAACUGACACACAAGUCGCUGUGAAGAGAAAAAAUCAAAUGAUUCGUUACGAUCCAACCCAAGACGACCACCAGAAACAUGAACUCCAGAAAGAGGAACCGCAACCCAAAAAGAAGAAGCGGAAAGCGAAAGAGUCAGUAGUAGAAGAGGAACAACCUAUCCCAGUAUCAACUGAAACGUUUUACUCAGUAUCGGAAAAUCUCACUGAGACACUCAAAGCCCCUGAGGAGUUCAGUUUACUCCAACGAUUCGGGACGGCGCCUCCAGAGAAGUGUAAUGACGUGAAUGAAAAUAAAGUAGCGUCAGAGAGGAAAACCAGGUUUGGAGAGAAUAUUGACGCGAAAAAUCCCUUUAGGUAUGAUUCAUCCGACGAUGAAGAUGAGACCCCUGAGAAAAAUUUUCAAACUACAAAAAUGAGUGAAGAAAACGUUUCAUCGAACGUUGAAGAUACAUUUUUCUUGAAUCCUUCUGUGUUUAAAGAAGCUGAAGAAUUUUUCAAAAACCCUGCACCAACCAACGAAUCCUUCAAAAAACUCAGAAAGGAAUUGAAAGAGAUCGUUCGUACAAAAGUCCGAAGGAACAUACGAAAAACCCAGGUUUGGAAACGAAAGAAGAUCAACCAAGUAAAACCGCGUCGUACAUAAUUCGACAUUAUCACUGUUAAUUUCAAGGAAACAUGGCAAAUAUAUUUUUUAUCACUGA